GCGGUUAAUAUAUUGCUUAGAAGUUUAAUCAACAUUUAUUUAUCUUCAGAUUUAAAAUUUUUGCGUUCACGUGCACUUUAGUACUUAAUUAUUGAUUGGUUUGAUCAAAGUUUUGAGCGAAUAUUUCCCAAAAAAUGUUUGAAUUUGUUAAAAAAUUUUCAUUAUUAAUUAAUAAGUUAAAUAAUGAAGUUAUAGUCACUCAACAAAGGAAGAAACUUUAUUUUGUGCUUGGAAAUGAAUCUGCUGAUUUGGAUUCGAUUAUAUCGUCGAUAGCAUAUGCAUGUCUAAGUCAACAAUUAAUUUCUCCUGAUGAAUUGAACUCGUUAUCUACUUCAUCCUUCCUUAUAUAUUUUCCAAUCAUUCAAAUUCCAAAAUCAGAUUUUUCAUUACGUCCAGAAUGUUCUUACGUAUUUAGCGAAUGUGAGUUUACUGAAUCUGACAUAUCUCAACUACUUUUCUUAGAUGAUAUAUUACCUCACUUGGACAAAUUAUCUUCCAAUUAUGAUGUAAACCUGAUUUUAGUGGACCAUAAUAAAUUAAUUUCUCCUUGGAGUGAGAAAUUUAAUGAUAAAAUAGACACAAUCUUGGAUCAUCAUCAAGACGAAAGAUUAUAUCUCAACAUCAAGUGUCGUCAAAUUGAAUUUGUCGGAUCUGCUACUUCGCUAGUUGUAUUACAUUUUAAAGACGUUUGGAAGAAAAAAAUUUCCCGAGAUGAUUUUAGAUUAGCCAAACUGUUAUUAGCUCCAAUUUUAGUAGACACUAUAUUAUUAGACGUGUCAAAAGAAAGAACAUCAAACAAAGAUAAAGAGGCAGUUCAAUUUUUAUUAGAUAUUUUAAACAUACCUAAGUCUGAUCAAGAUUUCUAUACAAGUAAUUACUUUAAUGCAAUUCAAUCUGCUAAAUUCAAUAUUUCUCAUUUGUCAAAUAUUGACCUGCUGCGUAAAGAUUAUAAGGAGUGGAAUUUAAAUAAUUUUAAUAUUGGUAUAAGUAGUGUAAAUUGGUCUUUAGAGGGUUGGAUUCAACGUGAAGAUGACAAUAUUGAUAAACUAAUUGAUUCAUUUAAAUAUUUUAAAGACGAAAAAAAAUUGGAUAUAUUUAUUAUCAUGUUGGCAUAUAACCAUAAAAAUAAAGGAUUUCAACGGGAAUUUGUUUUUCUUUCUAACAAAAACAAAUUCAUUUAUGAAGAAUUUCUUCAACAAUUAGAAGUUAAACUCUCAUUGAAACCUUUAUUUUCAAAUAUGGAUUACAUCCGAUUUUAUCACCAAGAACGUAUAAAUUAUUCAAGAAAGCAAAUUUAUAUAUCAAUAAAAGAUUUACUUCAACAAUAUCCCAUUAAUAAAAUUUAAAUAAGAUGUAUUUCUUUACUAUAUUUUAAUUAUU